AUGUCCGCGUCUGGGGCUCAUCAGCAGGUGCGAGUCUCUGCAGUCGAGGGACUUCCGGAGUCUCUCUCGCCUGGAGAAGACGCCGGCGAGGCGAGAGCAGCCAGUGGGAGCCAGAGUGGAGAGCCUUCAUCGAAUGAGCCUUGGCGCCGGGGAUCGCUUCCGUCCCUCUCUGUUCCUCCGUCGGGGGCGCGCUCAGGCGAUGAGGACAAUCGGAGACAGGCCGCUCAGAGCCCGCUGUCAAAAUCGAAAAGAAACAGUGGGGGCAAUUGGUUCGACUUCCUAUUCAAGUGGCGAGGAGCCCAUAAACACCGGAACGCCAUCCAACUUGCCCAAGCGUUCGGCAUUGCCAAUCAACCGGGAAAACCAGGCCCGGUGAUCGGAAUCGUGGUCUGCAAAGGCCCCAGAAAUGAACUGCAAGGCCUCGCCGUGGCCACGCCGCGCGUCGUCGAGCGCUACCUCCUCGACGGUCGCCUCCAGCAGCGCGUCGCCGUCCCCGAGCCGCUGACUUGCUUUGUGGGGGGAAAAAUCGGCGGUGUCGGUCGCGUCCUUCUCUGCGGCACACAGGGAGGACGCGUCUUCAUUUUGAAGGCGGAGACGUUCGAGCAGCUCUUGGAACUCGACUCGAGCGAAGCCUACUCGGCAGCAGGCGUGUCCUUCGACGCUGGCCUGGCCCUUGACGACUUGCCGCCCCGGGGCGGCCUCACCUUCAGUCGCGAUCCUCUGGGGCGAGGCAGCGACGCUGCGCCCGGUCGGAAAGGGAACGGGUUCUUCGGGUUCGGCGACUCUUCGGCAAAACGCGAGAAGCGCGAGGCCGCGAGGCAGAUUGGCGGGUCUUUUGACGGCCAGGAAGGCCGCCAACAGAAGGAUACUGAAGACGGAUCUGCGCCUGUCUCGGACGGCGCAGGUGCCAGGCGAGAAAGCGAAGAGGAGCGGAAAAGUUCCGAGUGGCGUGCACCGACUGAGGGCGACGGGACGAAGACGCCUGCGGGGGUUCCAGCCUGUCUAGCGAUCAGUUCGUUGACCAUUAAGUCGACGUUCGCGGAGUUUGUUCAUUUUGUCAUUGCGGGAAAUGUCCGGGGCCACGUCUUUGUGUGGCAAGUUCCCUCGACGAAACUCGUUCACCUCCUCAGCUUCCCUGGAAACCGCGCAGAGGCUGCCUUCCUGGUGUCUCAAGAGUCCCUGUCUUCGGCAUCCAGUCUCUCGCGAGACCGAACCGAAGACGCGUCCGCUCCCUCGGCGAAACGACCGUCUUUGUCUCCGCGGUCGGGAGACGAGGCCGCCCGCCGCAUGCGUCGCCCAGGCGACAGAAGCGGCGAGGAGCCGUUGCGGGCUGAGGAAAGCCGCACCUGUCCCCACAGCGGGACCGCGUGCCCUGAGAGGCGGGAGAAAGGCCUUCGCCACUCCAGUGAGGGUGCCUGUCGCAGGCGGCCGCGCAGAGGCCGUCGCAGAGGCUCUUUCGCGGCGCAAGGCGCCUUUGCGGAAGACUCGGGGCUGCGAGAGUCUGCAGGCCUUCCGGGCGAGAGUCAGAAGGAAGCAGAAGAUUUCUUCGCGAAUCGAGCAGUGCCUUUUCUGUCCGACAGGGGCGACUCGGCCGCGUCGCGAAGGGAAGAAGUCGGGGCGCGGGGCGAGCGGCACGCGUCUGUGGUGUCGGUGGCUGAAGCGAUCCACGCCGUCGGCUCCGUGGCAGAAAUCGACCUCUCAGAUGGCGACACGGACGGCGAAGACGCCGCCCCGCUGGGGGGAUUUGCCGACGAGGGAUCCGCCGGCGCGAAGAAGGGAGGAAAGAGCUGGAGAAAGGUGAAGAAAGCUUCGCGGCCUGCGUGUCUCUCGGAGACACCGGACAAGGCCUUCUUCGGAGACAGCUGCGGGGCCAGGCCUGACGGGGCCGGCUCGCCAGCGGAAAAGGCCUCGAGUUCCCAGAAGUCGAAGGGCGUUUCCAAGCGCGGUGUGAACGCGAAAAAGCUGCUGGGAGGCCUGGGCAUGGCCGUCGCGGAGACGCGCUCGGCCCGCCGCGACAGCGGAAGCAGCGGCCAGGCGAGUGUACGUACCCUCGGAGACGAAGACAGGUCGGAGCUCCACACCCCAGCAGACGCCGUCUCUUCCGUUCGGCAACCUGCCGCGCGGCUGUUUCAAAGCGAAGAGCAGCACGGCGCGUGGCCGCGGCGAGACCACCGAGCAGCGAGGGAGUCCGUGGAGAGUCCACGCGAGAACUCACGUAGAGCCCCCAGGGGGAACGACGAAGAGCGGUUCCAGAGCGCCCUGGAGGACGUGACGCACGUCUCUUCCGUCCACGGCGGCGGCGAGUUCCACAGCUUCUCUCCACAGACCCAGGCGAGUUUGCAGCCGCGCACGCGCGGGGAGUGCGAGGGAGACGGAAGUGGCGGCGUCGGCGCUGCAGUGGAGCGAGAGGCCGAGGCAGGCGGCAGCGGGAGAUUGUCCGAGAGAACCUCUGUCGAGCGUCUGUCGGUUUCAGAGAACGGCGGGGAAGAGGAGAGGCGAGACGCGUUCUCGAGCCUGAAACUUCCCGUCGACGGCCACAGGGAGAAGAGCGGAACGAGUCAACUGCGUGGAAGGGAGACCAGCGAAGACGAAGCGAUGGAAGAUGUGUCUCUCGCUUCCGACUGUCCCAGUCCUGGGGGGCUGAGGGAACUCGACUUCUCCCGUCGCCUCGGGGACGCGGUGCUCCCUCCGGAGAUGAACAAUCACGGCCUGCCGCCUCGGUCGGCAGAAGAGAGCGGAGCGUCAGGUGACGAGGGACGGCGCGCGGACCCGGAGCCCGCUCGGAGGCAAGGCACCGGUGAGGAGGCAAGGAAUGGAGACGAGUUCGGAAGUGUGCCCCAGGCGGAGGAGGAAGAAGACGUGCCGGGGCGCGUCGUUGGCGGGGAGGAGAUCCGGUUGGGCACACAUCAGGAGAGAGGGAGAGACGGCCGCCAAGAAGUUCCGCGGUCAGACGACCGAGUCAAUGGCCGCGCAGAGAACCCGAGAAGCGAGGAGAGACUCGGCGCACGCGGGUCGCUGGAAACGGAGAUGGCGAAACGAGCGGCCGAGGAGGCGAGUGGGGCGGGGGAGAGGCCGGAAGAGAUCACCGGCAAAGACUGCGCCGUGUUGAGACCGAGUUCCCCUUCUUCGUCCGUGUCGAGCCUCGAAAGUGCGGGGGCAGAGAAACAGUCAGCGUUUCCUGGGCCUUCGCCGAACGACGCGUCGGCAUCUGAGGCCGGGCGUGAGGGCGAGCCUUCAGAAAGUGAAGACGGUACGCGUGAUUUCCGUCUUUGUGGGGCCCGAGUGUCGCCAGACUCGGGGAGCCCCGAGGGCGGAGUCCGGAGAGAAGACAGGGUUUCCUUGCCACCCUCGCCGUCGCCGGUCCCGUCGGACGAGAUCUUUCUUCGUGACGAACCGACGCAUCCGUACUUGAACGAGCACGUGGAGAUGACCAGCGGCCGCGUCGACGAAGCCGCCUUCUCGGAUGAGGCAAGCGAAGCUGGUCCACAAGCGCGAAGAGCGUGUGGCGCUUGGCAGAGCUCUUCCUGCGUCGGACACGACGACGCAUGCGACCGGAGGAGACGCACUCUCGCCUCGCAGGACGGAGACGAACAACGCUACGUCGGCGCGCUCCUCACCGUCGCUGCUUUCGAUCAGCUCUGGAUCGGGUACGGAGACGGCACUGUUGCCGUGUUUGCCCUCAGCGACUACUGCCUCCUCGAGUGCUCCAAACUCGCGACUUCGGAUGUAAGCCGAAUGGAGUUCUCCAAAUACGCAGAGGUCGUCCUCAUUCUGAGCGGCAACCAGCUCGUCACGGUCUGGAGUGUACGGACCCUGCGCUGUCUUUGCCAGGUGCCAACGAGUAUGCUCACGUGCGGGAUGCCUCUCGCCUACCUUUACGUUCUUGAAGCGCCUGAGGCUUGGGACUCGAAAGUGACGAUUCUUCUCGCGGGGUGUAUGGACGGCUCCAUCAGCGUCCGUCGCCUGGAGAAGAGCGCGGACGACGACCUGCGCUUCCUCCUUAUUCGAAACUACGUCCGGGAGGUGGAGCCCCAGGUGCCGAUUAGCGCUAUUUGUAUCGACUCUUGGCUGAACGCUGCAUUUGUUGGUGACGCUAGCGGAGUGGUCUUCACUUUGCCGUACGUUUUCCAGCUGCUCGAUCCUACACUAGUUCCCGCAGUCGCCCCGCCUCAAGACGACUCCGGCUAUCAGGAAGAAGGCCGCCCGGCACAUUCGAAGCCAGAGUCGGUCGCGCAGUCGCUAUCCUCUGAAGAUUUGUCAUGA